AUGGUGCCCUCGGAGCGACAGUUAUCUGCGAUCUCGAUCACAGAGCGCAUCUGCUCGGCGGUCUCGCUGGCCAGCACAUCCGUUAUCGUUGUUACUUUUAUCAGCUCGCCUUCAUUCCGGAAGCCGAUCAAUCGCUUGGUCUUUUAUGCUUCCUGGGGCAAUAUCAUGGCGAAUAUAGCCACGCUGAUCUCGCAGUCGGGCAUCCAUGCUGGUGUAGGCAGUCCGCUGUGCCAGUUCCAGGCUUUUUUAAUUCAAUGGUUUAUGCCUGCGGAUGCACUGUGGACGUUUGCGAUGGCUUGCAACGUCUACCUGACCUUCUUCCACCAAUAUAACUCCGAGCAACUGCGCCAGCUGGAAUGGAAGUACGUGCUAUGGUGCUGGAUCGCCCUCCCAUGGGACUACCUCCGGAUCGCCAUUUUCUACGGCCCCGUGUGGUUCGUCAUCUCCCUCACCUUCGCUAUCUACCUGCGCGCCGGCACGGUGAUAUACCAGAAACGGCGGCAGCUGCGGGCCCUCCAGGACAUCGACUCUCUCGACACAGUGACCCAACCGGACGCUCCGCUUGUCAGGCUCGCCUCUAUCCAGGUGACCAGUGAAAUCGCUUGUUCCACGUCGACCACGUUCGCCCCGUACUCGGUUACCAUCGAGGGCGGCACGAUGGAUCCGAUCAGUAGGUGUCAGAACUCGGAAGAACUAUUCGCGCCCGUGCAGGGGUCCAGCCCGUGGCCAAGUCCGCCUCCGCUUCGCUCCAAGCUGUUAGUGAAAACGUCGCGGUCUGAGGAGAUAGACGCGUACUCUCAGCGUCGUGCAACAGCUACAGAAAAUACCUCCGCUGCGUGGGCAUACACGAAAUACGCGAUGCUGUUUUUUAUAGCGCUGCUCGUGACAUGGGUAUGA